AUGUUGCUUAAAGUUUGUGUUUCUUUUUCUUUUAUUGGCAGGUAUUUAAUUAGUCAAGGAGCACAUGUAGGGGCUGUAAAUAGUGAAGGAGACACUCCAUUAGAUAUUGCUGAAGAAGAGGCAAUGGAAGAGCUGCUUCAGAAUGAAGUAAAUAAACAAGGGGUUGAUAUAGAGGCAGCUCGAAAAGAAGAAGAACGAAUAAUGCUAAGGGAUGCAAGACAGUGGCUCAACAGCGGCCAUAUAAACGAUGUCAGACAUGCAAAGUCUGGUGGUACAGCACUUCAUGUAGCUGCUGCUAAGGGCUAUACAGAAGUCUUAAAGCUUUUAAUACAGGCGCGCUACGAUGUAAAUAUUAAAGAUUAUGAUGGCUGGACACCACUUCAUGCUGCUGCUCACUGGGGUAAAGAAGAAGCAUGUCGCAUUUUAGUGGAAAACCUAUGUGAUAUGGAGGCUGUCAACAAAGUGGGGCAGACAGCGUUUGAUGUGGCAGAUGAAGAUAUUCUAGGAUAUUUAGAAGAAUUGCAAAAGAAACAGAAUCUGCUUCAUAGUGAAAAACGGGAAAAGAAAUCUCCCCUAAUUGAAUCCACAGCCAACAUGGAUAAUAAUCAGACACAGAGAACAUUCAAAAAUAAGGAGACAUUGAUUAUGGAGCAAGAAAAGAAUGCAUCUAGUAUAGAGUCUCUGGAGCAAGAGAAAGCAGAUGAGGAAGAAGAAGGGAAAAAGGAUGAAUCCAGUUGUUCUAGUGAAGAGGAAGAGGAUGAUGACUCAGAAUCCGAAGCGGAGACAGAUAAGACCAAAACCUUGGCAGCUGUAACUAAUAAUGCAAAUACCACAAGUACGCAAUCCGCAUCGGCAGCUGUGACAGCGCCUUCAGUAGGCGGUGGCCAAGGGGCACCUACAUCACCUGUUAAGAAGUUUCCAACAUCGACAACCAAGGUUUCUCCCAAAGAAGAAGAGAGGAAAGAUGAAUCUCCUGCUUCGUGGAGGUUAGGUCUUAGAAAAACUGGUAGUUAUGGUGCGCUUGCAGAGAUUACUGCUUCCAAAGAAGCUCAGAAAGAAAAGGACUCUGCAGGUGUCAUGCGUUCUGCUUCAAGUCCUAGACUUUCCUCUUCAUUGGACAACAAAGAAAAGGAGAAAGAUGGAAAAGGAACUAGACUUGCGUAUGUUGCACCUACAAUACCAAGACGACUGGCCAGUACCUCUGACAUUGAUGAAAAAGAAAACAGGGACUCAUCUGCUAGCUCAAUACGUGGUGGCAGUUCCUACACCAGGAGAAAAUGGGAGGAAGAUGUCAAGAAAAACAGUUUGAAUGAAGGUCCUACAUCAUUAAACACAAGCUAUCAGAGAAGUGGCUCCUUUGGUAGAAGACAGGAUGAUUUGAUUAGUUCUAAUGUUCCAAGUACUGCAUCAACAGUUACCUCUUCUGCUGGUCUCCAGAAAACACUGCCUGCCAGCGCAAACACUACUACAAAGAGUACAACGGGUUCUACUUCAGCAGGUGUACAAAGCAGUACCUCAAAUCGUUUGUGGGCUGAGGAUAGUACUGAGAAAGAAAAGGACAGUGUUCCUACAGCAGUGACCGUUCCUGUUGCACCAUCUGUUGUAAAUGCCACAGCCACUACCACAGCCAUGACUACAGCUACUUCUGGCACUGUGUCCUCAACAUCAGAGGUCAGGGAGAGACGGAGAUCAUACCUCACUCCAGUACGGGAUGAAGAGUCAGAGUCCCAAAGAAAAGCUAGAUCCAGGCAAGCAAGACAGUCGAGAAGAUCUACGCAGGGUGUGACACUGACAGAUCUUCAAGAAGCUGAAAAAACUAUAGGAAGAAGUCGUCCCACGCGAACCAGAGAACAGGAAAAUGAAGAAAAAGAAAAAGAAGAGAAAGAAAAGCAAGACAAAGAAAAACAAGAAGAAAAGAAAGAAUCUGAAACUAAAGAUGAUGAUUAUAGACAAAGAUAUUCCCGAACUGUUGAAGAGCCAUAUCAUCGCUAUAGACCAACUUCAACUUCAACUUCCUCCUCCUCCACCUCUUCGCUCUCCACCUCCACUAGCUCCCUUUCAACUUCAAGUCAACUAAACAGACCAAACAGCCUUAUAGGUAUAACUUCUGCCUAUUCUCGGAGUGGAACAAAGGAAAGUGAGAGAGAAGGAGGCAAGAAAGAAGAUGAAAAGGAGGAAGAUAAGUCGCAGACAAAGUCUAUAAGAGAAAGACGGCGACCAAGAGAAAAACGACGAUCUACAGGAGUUUCUUUUUGGACUCAAGAUAGUGAUGAAAAUGAGCAGGAACACCAGUCAGAUUCAGAAGAAGGAACAAAUAAGAAAGAAACUCAGAGUGAUAGCCUUUCAAGAUACGAUACGGGAUCCCUCAGCGUGUCUUCGGGUGAUCGCUACGACUCAGCGCAGGGGCGAUCGGGGUCACAGAGUUACCUUGAAGAUCGAAAACCGUACUGCAGUAGACUAGAAAAAGAAGAUAGCACUGAUUUUAAGAAGCUUUAUGAACAGAUUCUAGCUGAAAAUGAAAAACUGAAAGCACAGUUACAUGAUACCAACAUGGAACUUACAGAUCUUAAGCUACAGUUGGAGAAGACCACUCAGAGACAAGAAAGAUUUGCUGACAGAUCACUCUUGGAAAUGGAGAAAAGG